UACGUACAUAAACAUAUCACACAUGCAGUUCUGGUGUUGUGCCUGUACAGCUCAGAAACUUUGUAAAAAAAGACGUCCAAAAUUCGCUAAGAUGAGUCCUAAAUCUAUUUCUAACACGUCCACAUUUAUCGUGAGGAACUAGUCCGGAUUGCUGUUCCAUAGAUGUGACUUGGCAAAGAGCAAAAAUGCAGGAUUUUGAUCUUGUCGGUUGGACGAGUUUGGAUAAUGCCGUGGUGCCGUCUCCAAUCGGGACGGCCCUUCCUAUGACGGUCGAGUUGGGCCUGACCAUCGCCUUCUUGACCCUGUACGGAUUUCUCUUCGGCUUCGUCUACAUCCAGCUCAUACUCAUCUUGUACUAUGGACACAAGCGCUUCAGCUUCCAGACGGUGUUUCUGUUCCUGUGCCUCGUCUGGGCGGGCAUAAGGAUUACUAUGUUCUCGUUUUACAUAGACAACACGGUACAAUUGGAAAAUUUGCAGAUUUUUGCCUACUGGUUUUUCUUCUGUUUUCCUGUCUGCCUGCAGUUCAUCACACUCUGCUUACUGGUGCUGUACUUUGCACAGGUCAUGUUCAAGCUGAAAGCCAGGACAAAGCCCGAGAAUUACAAGAAACACAUACGACACGUACGCAUCACCUUUACUGUCGCAGUUUCGCUGUUCCUUGUCAUGAACGUCACCUGCGGAGUCUUGACGAGGAUCUACCCGGACUCCGAGGUGCUGGUACCAGUCAGGGUCAUCAUUAGCGGCUUGCUGUUCAUUGUGGCCGGGGGAUUCCUAGCCUAUCUCAUCUGGAGAUUGUCCCGGAUGCAUUUUGUGGGCAGUAUGCUUCUGGAAGCCCGGGGAGCCACCAUGUGUCAAACGUCUACAGCUUGUGUGUUUAUUAUUCUGCUGUACGUCUCCCGGGCAGUUUACAACGCCAUAGCCAUCACGAGGGCGUGUCCGUCAUUUGGUUACAACUGGAUUAACGUGUCUGACCAGGCUGAUAUGAUACAAACUCUGAAGGGACUUCGUUACCUGUCGUUCAGUAUUGUUCUCUUUAUUUGGGAGUUCCUACCAACGUUUAUCGUGGUCAUGUUCUUCAGAGUCCGAAAAUUUGCUGCAAAUGUGCACGUGCCCAAGGACACAGACUGUCCUAAAACUCCCUCGAGGGCCUACUUCUUUGACAACCCGCGACGAUACGACAGCGAUGAUGACCUGACACGGACGCACAGCAGUACAAAUGCAACACCUAGAGACUAUCAAGGAGAACACAUGUCCAUCCCCAGCACACCUGUCAACAGUACUCCCCACGUGGGCUACGGAACCAUCAUUCGCAGUAGCAGCUACCCUACCGGCUACGGGGUACCAGGAACAACCCCGCCCAUGCUGUUUGCUGGCAUCCCAGGCAACGCAUCCAUAGGCGGCUACCAGCAAGACAACGACCAGCCGGAAUGACAAGUACACAGUAUUGAAUAAAUUUAAUUGUAUAUUCCCCUCUGGAAAUAGAAUGUCUACAGAACAGCAGAGCUUGGUACUUGAAUGAUAGUACAAAAAGUCUCCAUGUCUCCCUGUGAAGGACUUUAAUCAUUUGUAUUGUUAGUCGAUAUUCUCGCCAUUACCUCCACGUAGGGGUGUUAAAAAAUGAGAAGCUGGCAGACAUUUUUAGGAUUAUGCGUCCCCCUGGAAUAAGAACACUGAAUUGUUCUGUCUGCAGACCUAUCCGACUAUGGCCACAGUUUGUUGGCUAUGGCUAGAAAUAACAUGCGCACCUAUGGAAGCCAUUGGCUAGUGGCUGCAGCCACUUCUCAUAGACCUGUGUGUUAUUGCCGGUCAUACUCAUGAGAUAUCAUUGGUGAGACGCUAACACACUUUCAGGCUUGUCACAGCUAUUAUUGAGUUUGAAGCAUGCAAGCAUUUUGGGCAGUUUGUAUUUGCGCAUAAAAUGUGUGCAAGUGACCACAUAAGUAAAUGUUUAGAAUUGUAAUCUUGGGUAGUUUUUGCAGUCCUAAACAAAAACUGGUUGUUGAUAUAUCAUCGAUUAAGCAUUUUGGCGUUUUGGUUGUGAAGAAAUCAAAUUUGAUUAUGAAGAUGCAGGCUGAACCCUGAGGUGCUGUGUAUUCCCCCUCAAAACCUUGUAAAACCCAGAGCGUUACCGCCUGUUCAAAUUCGCAUUCUCCUCUUACUCAAGAACCGAAAUUAUGACAAACAGAUCAGGUUGUGGUUUCAACCUCCAAAAUGGGCCCUAGAUUAGUCUCCAGUGCGUACAUGUACUGAUAAAAAAUAUUAACUUGGACUGAGAGAACUAAGUCAAAGGUCACAAAAAGUGGAGAAAACUUCUUCCAGAGUUAUUAAAGUUUCCAUUUGUAUAAUAAGAUUAUCUAUAUCCAUCCUUUCCUUCCAACUAAAUACUCUUGUGACCCCGGCCUGCGGUCACAUUAAUAAAUUCGCUGGAAAAUAUGUCGCUGUGUGGGGUUUUUUUUUUGGGGGGGGGGGGUGGCAGUAUUGUGACCCCACUUGCUUUAUACUGUAACAUAAGAGUACAGCUUUACCUGCUAUAUUUCAGUCCUUCCAUUUUUUCCCUCACGUGCAAUAGUACAAUUAACAUUAUUUUAAUUUCAAGACAGAUCCAUCAGAUGGAGUUGGGACAGUGAUAUGCCAAUAUUUUGCUUAGUUUAAUCAGAAGCCCUGCCUACAAUAACCGAGGCGUGAAUUUGUUUAUCAAAAACUGAGGCAGCUAAUGAUUUGAGGCUUUUCCAUAGAAUGAAUAUUGGAAUGAUGUUUGUAGAUGGCACCUCCAGAUUUACAUUUAUUUUUAGGAAGAAUUUUCGGUUUUGAACGAAGUGUUGUAGGAAUGAUGAAGAUUCUUUCUAAUUUUGGACAGUUUUCUUCAUCCAUCCAUGAUCCUAUAGACUAAUUCAGCGACGACCAUUUCUGCGGUGGCACCAGGCUUGCGCGA